CCCCUUCCUCAUGCGCUGGAUCGGGCGCCCGGGUGCUUUCCCUUCUCCUCUUCCUCCAGCUCGUCCUUCUCUUCCUGCCGCCGCCGCCGCCGCCUCCGGUGCUCGGAACUAGCCGCCCUAUCGCCGCUGCCUCCAUUUGCUGGUGGAUGCCGCCGGGAAGCGGGCGGAGCGCGCAGCCGGGGAGGGGGGCUGCCGCGGCCGCCGGAGUACAUGCCAGAGCCCUCUCCGCGUCUUCUCACCAGCAUGCUUUACUUCCAGAUGGUGAUCAUGGCAGGGACUGUGAUGCUGGCUUAUUACUUCGAGUACACCGACACCUUCUCGGUCAACGUGCAAGGCUUCUUCUGCUACGAGAGCGCCUACCGCAAGCCUUACCCGGGCCCGGAGGAGAGCAGCGCCGUGCCCCCGGUCCUCCUCUAUUCGCUGGCGGCCGGGGUGCCCGUUUUGGUGAUAAUUGUUGGAGAAACUGCAGUGUUUUGCUUACAGAUGGCCACACGGGAUUUUGAAAACCAAGAAAAAACAAUAUUAACUGGAGACUGUUGCUAUAUAAAUCCACUGGUGCGCAGGACCGUCAGAUUCCUUGGCAUUUAUGCAUUUGGACUUUUUGCAACAGAUAUCUUUGUAAAUGCUGGACAAGUAGUAACUGGGAAUCUUGCACCACAUUUCCUUGCACUUUGCAAACCCAACUACACUGCACUUGGAUGCCAGCAGUAUACUCAGUUUAUCGGUGGUGUAGAGGCGUGUUCUGGAAACCCAGAUCUUAUCAUGAAAGCCAGGAAAACAUUUCCAUCCAAAGAAGCAGCACUGAGUGUCUAUGCAGCGACAUAUCUGGCAAUGUAUAUCACCAACACAAUAAAAGCCAGAGGAACAAGGCUGGCAAAACCAGUUCUCUGCUUGAGCUUAAUGUGCAUGGCGUUCCUUACAGGUAUCAACAGAGUAGCAGAAUAUCGAAAUCAUUGGUCAGACGUGAUAGCAGGAUUUCUAGUUGGUAUUUCUAUAGCAGUGUUUUUGGUUGUGUGCGUGGUUAAUAAUUUUAGAGGUAGACAACCAGAAAAUGAACAUUCACACAUGGACAAUCUGGCUCAAAUGCCUAUGAUCAGCAUCCCUCGAGUAGAAAGCCCUUUAGAAAAGAACCACAUCACGGCCUUUGCAGAAGUCACAUGAUGUUGAAACAGAAGUCUAUUCGUUACAUUGGACAUCAUCCCUUUUCACAGUUCACUCAUAAUUGCAGAAACAUUUUGAAUAUAAGGGGGGGAAACUUUACCUGGUUAUAUGGGCCAGAUUUAGGAGCAUUAACAUUUUACAUCAGCCGGUGAAGAAUAUUCCUGAAAUGUCAAAAGUUAAGAGUAUUUUUCCAGCAAAAAGCAUUGCUCCCUUUAGGGAUGGGGUGGGUGGGUAGGAGGAUGUUACUUAGAAAAGAGCCUCCCUGAGCACAUCACAUAGAUAUCCCAUAUUCCUUCUCUGGGAUAAUUACUGUUUUUUUUUAACUUAGCCUUGUAAAGUAUCUGGUGAUAUACCAUUAAGUCUAACUGAGCUGGACUUUUUCACCUUUAUUUUAAAAUUCAGCAUGACACUUGUUCCCAUGCAAACUGAUCCCAGUAUAUCCAGAUUUUUUUUAAAAAAAGAAUCACAUCCAGUACUAAAAUGCUGUUUGCACUUUGUAUUAUGAUGUGGUUCACAUACCAUGUUUCUAUCUUAAGACUGGUGCUUCUGCUUUUGAAUUUUAAAGAAAAUGCCAAUUUAUACUAUAAGUAUUGUAUCAUAAUUUUGAAACAAAUUAUUUAUUUGGAUAUUUUCCUGACUUCAUGUGGUUGAAUAGCUAAUUUUUGUCGUUCUUGAAUGUCUUCAGUGUACCCCGUAGUUAGGAUUAGGGAUGAGAACAUUUAGAGAUUGGAAUAUCGUAUAAUUUUUGUGAUUAAUGUUCUCCUGUUGAAGGUUAAUGGCUCUAUUCUUAAGCCCAGCUUGCUUUCUCACCACCCCCACCCCCUUUCCUUUUGUACCAUCAAAGUCCUUGGCUGGCUGGCUGGCUGAAAGAAGCCAUGAUCCUUACUCUGCAAGGCCUGGGCAGCACUGUUAAAGAUAAGACCUUUUCGAAGUCAUUAAUAAUUAGGAUUACCAUCAGUUCAAAUUUACUUUAUGGCACAUAGCAGACACAACAUAAAACUAAAAGGAUUACUGUUCAUGGAUAGCACUUGCAGGUUAAUGCAGCACAGCCAAAGAUCCAUUUUCAAAAGUGAUCUCAGAUUUUUGAGAAUCAAGGGAGUGAUGCAUAAAAAAGAUGGAGCACAGCAUAGAAUAUGCUAAGCUCCAAGCUCAAGGAGACCCCCUUUCCCCUCUGUUGUUGGCAUUUGUCCCUGUGUUUUGUGUCAAAUAUGCCGUCAGUGACUUAAUUCUUCAGUACUAGAGAAUAAAGGAUCUGUUAAGGUGAGAAGGUUGGCUACCAUAAUUCCCAAGGAUAGUAAACAGAGUGGACCAUAUUUACUGUCUUUCAUACCCCUAGCAAGUAGUUCCCUUCUUUUUUCCAGCAGAUGGAUUGGAGCUGGCCAGUGCCCAGUUCUUCUUGGCUUGGCUCACACGGAAUCCAGGAUAGUUUUUUACUUUGCAAUAACAAACAUCUGGGCGGGCAUAAGAUCAAGAUCACGACAUUGCAAAUGUAUAUGAUGAACCUAAAUCCAAAGUCACACUAAUGUGACAGGGCUAGAGGGUGUGGUGCGGGUGCUAUGAGUGGAACUGACCCCCUCCCAGUUCUGUUGAAGAAAGCACUUCUAUCAGUGGAACAGUUAUACAGUGCUGCCUCGCUUAACGGCGAUAAUCCGUUCCAGGAAAAUCGCCGUUAAGCAAAAACAUCGUAA